AUGUCGAACCCUACAAAAAUCAGCAUCCUUGGCCGGGAAAGCAUCAUCGCUGAUUUCGGGCUUUGGCGAAACUAUGUGGCUAAAGACCUGAUCAGUGACUGCUCCUCUACCACCUACGUCCUUGUCACUGAUACGAAUAUCGGAUCGAUCUACACCCCCAGCUUUGAAGAAGCUUUUCGAAAAGCUGCCGCCGAGAUUACUCCCUCCCCACGCCUCCUUAUUUAUAAUGCUCCCCCCGGAGAAGUUUCCAAGUCCCGACAGACGAAGGCCGAUAUUGAGGAUUGGAUGUUGAGUCAGAACCCUCCAUGUGGCCGCGAUACCGUUGUAAUUGCAUUGGGUGGAGGAGUCAUCGGAGAUCUGACAGGAUUCGUCGCUUCCACCUACAUGCGCGGUGUCCGUUAUGUGCAGGUUCCCACUACUCUUCUGGCCAUGGUAGAUUCAUCGAUCGGCGGGAAAACUGCCAUCGACACUCCGCUGGGUAAGAACCUGAUCGGCGCAAUCUGGCAACCGACGAAAAUCUACAUUGACCUUGAGUUCUUGGAGACGCUGCCGGUGAGAGAGUUCAUCAAUGGUAUGGCAGAGGUCAUCAAGACGGCAGCAAUCUCUAGCGAAGAAGAGUUUACAGCUUUAGAAGAGAACGCGGAGACAAUCUUGAAGGCGGUCCGUCGCGAGGUCAGGCCAGGAGAACAUCGGUUUGAGGGCAUAGAAGAGAUUCUGAAGGCCCGAAUUCUGGCAUCUGCGCGGCACAAGGCGUAUGUUGUCUCAGCAGACGAACGUGAGGGGGGUCUCCGGAACCUUUUGAACUGGGGUCACUCUAUUGGCCAUGCCAUUGAAGCCAUUCUGACGCCGCAAAUUCUCCACGGAGAGUGUGUCGCAAUCGGCAUGGUGAAGGAAGCAGAACUGGCCCGUCAUCUCGGUAUCCUGAAGGGCGUUGCAGUCUCCCGCAUUGUCAAAUGUCUCGCUGCUUACGGACUGCCCACCUCGCUGAAGGACGCUCGCAUCCGGAAAUUGACCGCCGGCAAGCACUGCUCGGUCGACCAGUUGAUGUUUAACAUGGCUCUUGACAAGAAGAACGAUGGUCCCAAGAAGAAAAUUGUCCUCCUUUCCGCCAUUGGAACUCCAUAUGAGACCCGCGCCAGCGUUGUUGCCAAUGAGGAUAUUCGCGUGGUCCUUGCUCCCAGCAUUGAGAGGAAGGUGAAGUUCUGGUGGUGA